CUCGGUGUCAACAUGUCUCUCGCAGUGUAGUGUACGCUGCUGUCGGUGAGGUGUCUAUAGAGCAAGUCGUGGCAGGUGUUUCUUCUUUACAGCUGUGCUCAUGGAGGGCGUUCGACAUAGGAAGUCAGGAGGAGACAUGGGAGUCGUCACCAAGGGAAACCGGACCUCGGGACGAUGUACUCUCAUUCCGACUCAUGCGCCUCUUCUUCAACGCCAUCUUGUUCUCCCUUGCCAUGCUCAUCAUCCUCGUUACCUUAAACAACACAUGGCCAAUGAAAAACACUGGCCACAGCACAAACAUCUUGGACCGAACUUUGGUGGCAAUGGGGGUCCAGGAGCGUGUGUAUGCUGUGAUCAUUGACGCAGGAUCAACAGGCUCCCGCGUCUUGGCCUUCACUUUCUUCAAGAGUCUUACAGGUGCAGGAUGUGAGGAGACAUUAGUGGCAAAAGGACCACUUAGCUUCAUCGCAAAUAACUCUUCCUAUGACAAAUCAUUAAAGUUGGAUGAUGAGCUGUGGCACGAAAUCAAGCCAGGUCUCUCUAGCUAUGCGGAUAAUCCAGAGGAGGGUGCAAAGUCUUUACUGCCAUUGCUAGAGCUGGCAAAGGGACGCAUCCCCAAACAGCACUGGGCCUCAACUCCAAUUGUUUUAAAAGCAACUGCAGGGUUGAGACUCUUGCCAGAAGAAAAAGCUGAAGCACUUUUACAGGAGGUAAAGAAAGUACUGAAAACAUCUGGUUUCCACACAACUGAGAAUUCUGUGGGAAUCAUGGAUGGCCGUGACGAAGGAAUUUUCUCUUGGUUCACAGUCAAUUACCUCAUGGUUGUACAAGAAGAUUGAUGGCUACGAAAUCAGCUGGGCCCUCGGCUUGGCCUUCCAUGUCAUAAAUAAUGGUAUAUAAGUGUUAUCAUUGUGAUUUAUGUGGGUAUAGCUUGGAAACUAGUGAGUCCUAGUGACAACAGUUUUUAUUACUGAUGUGACUGAAUGUGGGAAAGCAUAAUAAGGAAGUGUCAUAAUAGAUUUUUUAAUUGCUCGCAAUAUGAUGCGGCUUUUUUUUUAUUAUUAUUAUUAUUUUUUUUUCUUUUUUUUUUUCUUUUUCUUUUCUUUUCUCCUUUUUUAAUGUAAAGCUUGUAAAUGUGUAGUAUGUGUAUGUUUGAAUGCAUGCAAAAGUGCCUGUUUGGAUGUAUGAUUAUUUGUGCUGACAUCUGUAAUCCACAAUAUGUUCACAUACAUAUACUCAUUAAUAUGUUUAUGGAUAUAUUUUAUGAGAAAUAAAUAAAUUUCAAGACCAAAUUUUCUAAUUCUGAAAAAGUCAGUAAUGUAUGCAAGUAUGGAAAUAUUCAAAGGUGAAUUGCUGUCGUAAAAUAGAUUUCAGCGGAAUGUGAAUACGGGACAUCUUGUGUGCUAAGAAGACCAUACUGUAAUGCUUCUCAGGUCAGUCUGUAGGAAGAAGAGUGUAAUAUUUUGACUCUAUUCUCAGGAGAUAGAUUCUUUUCCAUAUGAAGUUCAUGGGAUUAUUGUAUAGGAAGCUCUAAUUGAUGAGCCUGUACUCUUUUUUAAGAUGCAGGGAACAUGUAGUGCAUGUGCUACUCUAUGAUUGUUAUCUUAUGAAUUAUUUCAUGAGCUACUACUGAGAGAGGUAAUGAUUUUUAGAAAUGCCUUCAGGGGAUACAGUAGCUUUAGGUCAUUAUGAAAAGAAUGUAUUCAUGGCUUUUUUUACGCUUAUUUUGGCAAAUACUUCAUGCAAUAACUUUUAAUUAGAUCUUAGGAUAUGAGGAAAUUGUGCAUUACACAGGAGCAAUAAUGUGGAUAGUGAUGUUUAUGUAUGGUUGAGUAAUUUGUUCAUUUGAAAAAUUUUGUGUGUUAUUAAGAAAUGGGAAAUCCAUUUCCACAGUACAUGCUGGUAAAUGGUCUCUUCAAUGUUUUUUUUUUUUUUUUUUUUUUUUUUUUUUUUUUUUUUUUUUUCCCCCCCAUAAAUUGCCACCUUUAUAUGUGGUUGUUUCUGAAACAUAUAGCUCAGUAUGUGUAGAAAUUGUUCCUUGAAAAUUACAAAAGGCCCUCCAGUGAAGAUGUUGGACUUGUGAAAAUUAUUAAACUUGUUGAAUGCUGUCUUGAGACUUGUUGCUAUCAGAGAUAUUUAGGAUGAGUUGCUGUUGGUUACAUUGUUGAAGUUUGCAUUGUAUUCUUGUUACCGUGGCUACUGAACUUAGAUUGAAAACAAGAAACAAGUGCAAGCAUGCUCAGUAGUACAAGUAUUGUAUUAAAUUUUGGGGUUACCAAGAGUUGUUGAAGUGAUGUGUUCGUAUGCGCUACCACGCAGAUAUUUUUAUUAUAUUUUGUGAUAAGAAAUGCUCGCAAAAUGUUGGAAGGAGUGAAUGUAUUGAUUUAAAAGAGGAUAUUCCAUAUGUUUGUUCUGACGUAUUUUAUCAUAUUUGUUGUGUAUAUAACAUGGGAGUUCAAAACUUUCCAAAUGCCAUCCAAAUAGUAUAAAUAAAGAUUGUGAUACAGGUAAUAUAUGUUUUGGCAAGAUCAAAUGUCCUAACAAAUUUCAAUUUAGGUAGGUUACUCUUUUAAGUUCCUUUUUAUUGUAAUGAUCAGUGAUGAUAUUUAGUAAAUAACAUCAGAAUAGAUAAGUUUUGUCAAGAGGUCUUUGUGUGUGUGUAUGUGACACACAUGAUAUGUUAUACGUAUACACCAGACAUAUUCAUGCGAGUGCUUAUGACGUAUUCUUGUGUGUGCAUACAACAUAUUCGUGCGUGUGUAUAUGACAUUUUCGUGCCUGUGCCUAGGACAUUCAUGUGCGUAUAUACGUUGUAUUCAUGCGUGUGCAUACAUAUUCUUGCGUGUGCACAUGACAUUCAUACGCGUGCAUACGACAUUCAUGCUUGUGCAUAUGACACUUAUGCGCAUGUACACGACAUUUAUAUGCGUGCAUACAUAUUCAUGCAUGGGACAUUCAUGCUUGUGCAUGUGACGUAUUCAUUCACAUGCAUGCAACAUAUUCACGGGCAUGCAUGCGACAUUCAUGGGCAGGGAUGCGACAUAUUUGUGCACGCCUAUGCGACAUAUUCAUACACACCAGUGCGACAUAUUCAUGCACGCCCAUGUGACAUAUUCAUGUGCACCCAUGCAACAUAUUCAUGCGCGUGCAUGUGACAUAUUCAUUCACGUGCAUACGACAUAUUCAUGCGCAUGUAUACGUGUUUUAUGUUGUAUACAUGUGCAUACAACAUAUACGUAUGUCUGUGUGUAUAAGUAUAUAUAUAUAUACACAUUUAUACACACAUGCAUAUACACAUUGCAAAUUUUGAUGGUGCUAAUGUGCGUAAAAUCUUAAAGCGCAGCUUUGCACAGGACACAGGUAAUGGUGAAUGUUUGUGUUGAAUGAGAGAUAAGGAAGAAAACAAGUGAGUAAAUGAAUAAAUGAAAGUUAUCCAAUUGCCAUACACAUUAAAGCAUGUCUUACCAUUAUAGUUACAUUCAAAUAUCUUAACUAAAAGGAUAUUGAUAGUUUAACUUUUGUACCUUGAUUACAUGCUUUUGCUUUUUAAGAUUGUACGAAAAGUUACAACUUGAUUUGUAUAUCUAGAUAACUUUGAACAAGAGGCCAGACCUUAAGUUAAGAUUUUAGUUGUUUAUAAUAAUUUUCCACAAUGGGAAUGAUAGAAAAAUGUUGACGUUCAAAAGUUCAAAUACUUUUUUGUUCCCUAUUUAAUACCUAUAUUUUUUGUUAUCAAGUAUUUGGGAAUAUUAAUUCAAACUCAUCAAUUAUUGUUCAGGUACUUUAUUUAUUGUGUUUCACAUCACACAUAUUUCCAGACAUAUUAACCAUAAUAUAUUAUAAAUUUUAUUAAACUGUAUUUAAGUUUAAGGUUAGGGAAACUAAAGAUUUUUUUUAAAGGUUAGUGUAUUGCUUUGUUAAUAUUUUUAGAGAAAUAAAACCAGAAACACUGAUAAUCAUCAAUCAUUAGCUUAAAAGAAAUCAAGCAUCAAAUAUAAAUCUUAAAAAAUAUUGUUAUAAUCCAUUUUGAUAAAAAGAGCCAUAUGAUUUACAAUGUUACAGUCCAUUGUUUCCUGCUUUGGUAUCUUCUGAUUUAGUAAUGUUAUUGUUAUUAGCUUAAUUGUUAUUGGAAUCUGGAUAAAAGUGAAGUUCACUUUAUGUUAUCAAAUAAAUUGUCCAUGAAUAUU